AUGACUACUGAGGAGGUCGAAGCUUCCCAGUCUGGUAUUGAAGAUGGCGUGGGGGGACCUGGCGCGCCUACGCCAUUGAGUGCGCUCGAGGGUGUUGCCGGCCUUACGAAGAGAGAUAUCGCAUUGAUAGUUGAGGGUGGGUUCAACACAGUUGAGUCAGUCGCAUAUACUCCGCGAAGAGUCCUAGAGCAAAUCAAGGGUAUUUCUGAGCAGAAGGCAACCAAGAUCUUGACCGAGGCAUCAAAACUGGUUCCUAUGGGAUUUACAACUGCAACAGAGAUGCAUCAACGAAGGAGCGAAUUGAUAUCCAUUACAACAGGUUCGAAGCAACUGGAUACGUUAUUAGCUGGAGGAAUCGAGACAGGCUCUGUCACAGAGAUCUUCGGCGAGUUUCGGACAGGGAAAAGUCAGAUAUGCCAUACUCUUGCUGUUACUUGCCAGCUGCCCUUUGACAUGGGAGGAGGCGAGGGGAAAUGCCUGUACAUCGACACCGAAGGAACCUUCCGACCUGUUCGGCUCCUGGCAGUGGCAAAUCGAUAUGGCCUUUCCGGUGAAGAGGUACUUGACAAUAUCGCGUAUGCCCGCGCCUAUAAUUCCGAUCAUCAACUGCAACUGCUCAAUCAGGCUGCUUCUAUGAUGUGUGAGACGAGGUUCUCACUCCUCAUUGUUGACAGUGCUACAUCCCUUUAUCGGACCGACUUUGUUGGGCGGGGAGAGCUUUCUUCAAGACAAACCCAUUUGGCAAAGUUCAUGAGGACUCUUCAACGCCUUGCGGAUGAAUUCGGCAUCGCAGUUGUUAUUACAAAUCAGGUGGUUGCUCAGGUGGACGGCGGCCCCAGUGCAAUGUUUAAUCCAGAUCCAAAGAAGCCUAUCGGGGGAAACAUCAUCGCCCAUGCUAGUACCACUCGGUUGAGCCUGAAGAAGGGUCGAGGAGAGACGAGAAUAUGCAAGAUCUAUGAUAGUCCUUGCCUGCCGGAGAGUGACUGUCUUUUUGCGAUCAAUGAGGAUGGUAUUGGUGAUCCAAGUCCCAAGGACUUAGAGAAAGACUAG